CCACGGGCGGACACUCGGCCGGGCAGCCGCGGGCCGAGCGCAGCCGCCUCCGCCGCCGAUGCGCCUGGUGGCCAGACUCCAAGUGGGACCGGCGGACACGCAGCCGGGCGUGUCAGUGGAAGCUGAUGGAGAAUCGAGCUCUGGACCCAGGGACUAGGGACUCCUAUGGUGCCACCAGCCACCUCCCCAACAAGGGGGCCCUGGCAAAAGCCAAGAACAACUUCAAAGACCUGAUGUCCAAGCUGACGGAGGGCCAAUAUGUGCUGUGCCGGUGGACAGACGGACUGUAUUACCUCGGGAAAAUCAAGAGGGUCAGCAGUUCUAAGCAGAGCUGCCUUGUGACUUUUGAAGAUAAUUCCAAAUACUGGGUCCUGUGGAAGGACAUACAGCAUGCUGGUGUUCCAGGGGAGGAGCCCAAGUGCAACAUCUGCCUGGGGAAGACAUCGGGGCCACUGAAUGAGAUCCUCAUCUGCGGGAAGUGUGGCCUGGGUUACCAUCAGCAGUGCCACAUCCCCAUAGCAGGCAGUGCCGACCGGCCCCUGCUCACACCUUGGUUCUGCCGACGCUGCAUCUUCGCGCUGGCUGUGCGGAAAGGCGGCGCGCUGAAGAAGGGCGCCAUCGCCAGGACGCUGCAGGCCGUGAAGAUGGUGCUGUCCUACCAGCCCGAGGAGCUCGAGUGGGACUCACCCCACCGCACCAACCAGCAGCAGUGCUACUGCUACUGCGGCGGCCCGGGAGAGUGGUACCUGCGGAUGCUGCAGUGUUACCGGUGCAGGCAGUGGUUCCACGAGGCCUGCACCCAGUGCCUCAAUGAGCCCAUGAUGUUCGGAGACCGGUUCUACCUGUUCUUCUGCUCUGUGUGUAACCAGGGCCCAGAAUACAUCGAGAGGCUGCCCCUGCGAUGGGUGGAUGUGGUUCACCUGGCCCUCUACAACCUGGGAGUGCAGAGCAAGAAGAAGUACUUUGACUUUGAGGAGAUUCUGGCCUUUGUCAACCACCACUGGGAACUCCUGCAGCUUGGCAAGCUCACCAGUACCCCCGUGACGGACCGAGGACCACAUCUCCUCAACGCUCUGAACAGUUACAAAAGCCGGUUCCUCUGUGGCAAGGAGAUCAAGAAGAAGAAGUGCAUCUUCCGCCUGCGCAUCCGCGUCCCACCCAACCCUCCAGGGAAGCUGCUGCCUGACAAGGGCCUGGUGCCCACUGAGAAUGGCGCCUCCUCUGAGCUGCGUAAGAGAGGAAAGAGCAAGCCUGGUUUGUUGCCUCACGAAUUCCAGCAGCAGAAAAGGCGAGUUUAUAGAAGAAAAAGAUCAAAGUUUUUGCUGGAAGAUGCUAUUCCCAGUAGCGACUUUACCUCCGCCUGGAGCACCAACCACCACCUGGCCAGCAUAUUCGAUUUCACGCUGGAUGAGAUUCAGAGUUUAAAAAGCGCCAGCUCAGGCCAGACCUUCUUCUCAGACGUGGACUCCACUGACGCCGCCAGCACCUCUGGCUCUGCUUCCACCAGCCUCUCCUAUGACUCCAGACGGACAGUGGGCAGCCGCAAGAGGAAGCUGGCAGCCAAAGCGUACAUGCCACUGCGGGCAAAGCGGCGGGCAGCUGAGCUGGGUGGACGCUGCCCCUCGGACAGCAGUGCAGAGGGGGCUUCAGGCCCCGAGCGGCCAGACGAAGGCAUCGACAGCCACACAUUCGAGAGCAUCAGUGAAGAUGACUCAUCCUUGUCCCACCUCAAGUCAUCCAUCACCAACUACUUUGGCGCAGCUGGGCGGUUAGCCUGUGGGGAGAAGUACCAGGUGUUGGCUCGGAGGGUCACGCCCGAGGGCAAGGUUCAGUACCUGGUGGAGUGGGAAGGGACCACCCCUUACUGACGAGCCCUCAGAGGAUGCCAGGAGCCCUGGAAACCAAAGGAGAGACAGUGGAAGCCACAGGCUCCCCGGUUCUCUCCAGGCAGGGGUGGGAGAGGGAAGCAAGACAGUGCCUGGCAGAAGGCCCUUCCUGCCUGCCAGCCAGGCCAGGGCCUGUGCCUCUCUGCUGUGCCCACCCUGCUCUUGGGCCGCCUCAGGCUCAUCAUCCCUUUGCCUGUGCCUCUAAGGUCCGCUGGCUAUUUCUCAGUGUCUCCACACACCCCACACUCCCUCAGACUGUUCACGUGUUCCUCUGAAUUUGUGUCCCCCUGGCUCUGUGACCCUUUUUCCUGAGGCCUGAAUCUUUCUCUUUGUUCCCAAUUCUGUGUCCCUUUACUCUCACCCCUUUUGGGUGUGUUUACACACCCUACGUGUGCAUGGCCGUCCCUCCACUGGAUGUCCUUCACACCAGACCCAUGGGCAGCCUGUCCUCCCAGGGACCACGUUAUAAGAACAGGAACCUCCGAGAGAGAAUGGGGGAAGGUGGAUACGAGGAUGCCCUCGGAGCUUUUCUCUCCCACUUUCCUGCCACUCCCCCUGCCCUUGGAAAGAGGUGGUGAGGGCGGGAGAAUGCCAGCGCCUCCGUGAAAGCCUGUGCGGCAGAGACCCUGGGACUCUCAGGAUGUGAGCAGUGAAAGGGCUACAUCUCUGCCUCAGAAGGUACCAGCACCAGAGCCCAAUUAUUAAGGUUAAGAGUGAUGGCUGCUAAUGUCAGCUUCUGAGGUCCCAGAAGUUUUCCUUUCCCUGGCCGCACUGCCUCUUAGUUGCCAUGGAGCUGGGCCUGGCCUUGCUGGAAUGGAGACAGCCUUGAAAACCUGAGGCACAGGGAAAGAAAGUGGGAGAGAAGGAAGCCAUGUCAUGCUUAACCUCAAACUGUUUCCUAGGCCUCCCACCCCAGACCCACCACACACACAGCCGAACAAUACACACU